CCGCCCUCCCAGCCACACAAGCUCGAGAGAGAGGGCAUCAAACGAGAGGCGUCGAAAACUUGAAAUAAGGGGAACAAGAAAAGUACGGUCUGCUACUGUGAUUGCAGUGGAAUUUCAAUGUUUGAACUUUGAAUUGUUGCUCUCCUCUUGCUCUAAGCCAUUAGUGAUGGCGGGAGCGACUUCUAAUUCUCACUCUAUUGCAAGCCUUGCUGUCUAUCUCUCUGAUACCAGACCUUCUAAAACUAGGGUCCCCAUAAUACUUCACAAGGGGUCCUUCCCUUCUGUGAAAAUUACUGCGCGUUCUUCUCGAUUCACAGCUUGUUUACCUGCUGGUUACAUCAAUUCAACCCAAGAAACUGAUCUCCAACUGCCAUCGUCGAGCGGGUCCAAUUCAGAAUUCCAAGUUUUCACCAGAUUCUGGAAUUGGCAAGGUUACCGUAUUCGUUAUCAAUAUGCUGGAAGUAGUGGCCCAUCAUUAGUUCUCAUUCAUGGUUUCGGUGCAAACAGUGAUCAUUGGAGGAACAAUCUCCCUUUCCUUGCAAAAUCACAUAAAGUUUAUUCAAUUGAUCUUGUUGGUUAUGGAUAUUCAGACAAACCCAAUCCUCGUGACUUUGUGCCCAACUCAUUUUACACCUUUGAGACAUGGUCAAGUCAGUUGAAUGACUUUUGCAAUGAUGUUGUCAAAGAAGGUGCUUUCUUUAUUUGCAACUCCAUUGGAGGGGUAGUUGGACUUCAGGCAGCUGUCAAUGAGCCUCGUAUCUCUAGAGGCCUGGUCCUUCUGAACAUUUCUCUUCGUAUGCUUCAUAUCAAGAAGCAACCUUGGUAUGCAAGACUUUUCGUCAAAUCAUUUCAGAAUUUAUUAAGAACUACUAAUCUAGGGAAGCUAUUUUUUAAGGCUGUCGCUACACCAAAUUCUGUUCGAAGUGUCCUUUGUCAGUGUUAUUAUGACAAGAGCAAGGUUACUGAGGAGCUAGUUCAAAAGAUUCUACAACCAGGACUUGAGCCUGGAGCUAGUGAUGUGUUUCUUGAAUUUAUUUGUUACUCAGAUGGUCCUCUUCCAGAGGAAUUGCUACCCCUAGUGAAGUGUCCAGUUUUGGUGGGAUGGGGCGACAAAGAUCCAUGGGAACCUAUUGAACUGGGGAAAGCAUAUGGAGCUUUUGAAGCUGUUGAGGACUUCGUUAUUCUUCCAAAUGUUGGACAUUGCCCUCAGGAUGAAGCACCAGAUCUUGUAAACCCACUGGUUGAGGCUUUCGUGGCUCGCCAUGCUAGAGAGAGUGCUAAUUUACUUUCCAGAACUACUUGAUUUCAAUGUAUAUACAUUGCUUCAAUAACUUAAUGUUUCAGCUCUUUGCUCUUGUAACAAUGAGGUAGUAUGAUUGGGUUAUAUGAAAAAUGCACUUCCUUUUCAUAGA